UCGAUAGGUUAAUUUUUGCUGAUAAUUUCCGAGCUUCUUAUCUUAUCUAGCAUUCUCGUUGCGUCCGCACAAGAACAACAAGAGAGGAUUACCUUCGGUUUCUACCAUGACGAUGAUGGCUUCCUUCCUUCAUAUUACCAGCAGCAGUCAGCAGAGCAUUCCAGGCGCCUAGGCUAAAGUUUAAUCCCCACACGGCACACGCCACGCACACGGCAGAGGAGCUCAGAUGGCCAGCGGCGGCUCGUCGGACGCGGAGGCGGAGCUGCGGCGGGGCUUCAAGGCCCUGGCCGUGACGCGGCCGGACCCGGCGGCCGCGGUCUACGAGGUGCGCCUCAGCCGCCCCGCGCAGCGCAACGCGCUCAGCCCGGACUCCUUCGCGGAGAUCCCGCGCGCCAUGGCGCUGCUCGACCGCGUCCCCGCCGCGCGCGCCGUCGUGCUCUCCGCCGCGGGGCCCCACUUCUGCGCGGGCAUCGAGCUCGGCGGGCCCGGGAACCCGCUCACCGCGCCCUUCGGCCGGGGCGCCGACCCCGCGGCCGCGGCCGAGGGGCUCCGCCGCGCCAUCCUCGGCAUGCAGGCCGCGCUCACCGCCGUCGAGCUGUGCCGGAAGCCCGUCAUCGCCGCCGUGCACGGCGCCUGCGUCGGCGGCGGCGUCGACCUCGUCGCCGCCUGCGACAUAAGAUACUGCUCCAAGGACGCCACGUUCGUGCUCAAGGAGGUGGACAUGGCCAUCGUCGCCGACCUCGGCGCGCUGCAGCGCCUGCCGCGGAUCGUCGGCUACGGGAACGCCGCAGACCUCGCGCUCACCGGCCGCAGGAUCACCGCCGCGGAGGCCAAGGAGAUGGGGCUCGUCAGCAGGGUGUUCGAUUCCAAGCAGGAGCUGGAUGCCGGUGUUGCGAAGAUCGCCAAAGAAAUAUCAGAGAAGUCGGCAAACGCAGUGAUGGGAACGAAGGCAGUUCUACUGAGAAGCAGAGAUAUCACAGUAGAGCAGGGCCUGGAGCAUGUAGCGACUUGGAACUCUGGAAUGCUGAGAUCUAAUGACCUGGUGGAGGCCAUCAAAGCUUUCAUGGAGAAGCGGAAGCCUGUUUUCUCUAAGCUCUGAUGAUCCUCAUCAUGGGCGAAAAUUUAUAUGUGAACCCUAGCCACCUGAGAAUGAAAGUGAGACGGUAGAAUGUAGACAAGAAAUAGUACAAUCUAUGAAUUUGGAAAACAAGUGCUCUUGUUAUCUGUAUCUUUUAUGCAUAUCAUAUAUAAAAGGGAAUAAAACUAGGAAUUUCCUUAGCACUA